AUGAGGAGCAGAAGUAAUUCAGGAGUUCGACUAGAUUACUACUAUCGUCUUGUUUCAGAGACAAUUCUAGCAUAUCAGGCUGUGCGCUGUAGCUGUGUCGAGUCUGUGCCUGGCUGUGGUGCGGCGUGGGCCGUGGCUUUGUGGCCGGCUGGUGGCGCAGCAGUGCCGCCUGCUGAAUCAUUCAUAUUUUACACAAAUCCUAUAUCUGGUUUAUUACAAGCCACAGCAGACCAGAAACAUGCCUGGGUUAGAGAUAAUGUAUAUAGUAUCAUCUCUGUCUGGGGGUUGGCCUUGGCAUAUCGCAAGCAAGCUGACCUGGAUGAAGAUAGGGCUAAAGCAUAUGAGCUUGAACAGCAAGUAGUGAAGCUAAUGAGAGGUCUGCUGACUAGUAUGAUGAAGCAGGUAGAGAAGGUAGAAUCAUUCAAACUAACCCAAAGCCCUGGUGAUUGCUUACACGCCAAGUAUGACAGUGAGACCGGUGAUACAUGUGUCAAAGAUGGAGAAUGGGGUCACCUUCAGAUUGAUGCUACAUCCCUCUACCUACUGCUUUUAUCUCAGAUGACUGUGUCUGGUCUUCAGAUAGUCUUUACAUUAGAUGAAGUAGCAUUUAUCCAGAACCUUGUCUUUUAUAUUGAGGAUGCUUACAUGAUAGCGGACUAUGGUGUUUGGGAGAGAGGUGAUAAGACUAAUCAUGGUCAACCUGAAUUGAACUCAACUUCUAUAGGAAUGGCAAAGGGUGCCAUGGAGGCAAUCAAUGAUUUAGAUUUAUUUGGAGCUAGAGGUGGAAGGAAAUCAGUCAUUCAUGUUCACUCUGAUAAGAUAGCUCAAUGUCAGGCGAUUCUACACUCAAUGCUGCCAAGAGAAUCGAGUUCAAAGGAGAUAGAUGCAGGGUUGCUGAGCGUGAUUGGUUACCCUGCCUUUGCAGUGGACGAUGAGUCUAUUAUUAAUAUUACCAGACAACAGAUUCUUGAUAAGCUCCAAGGAAGGUAUGGAUGUAAGAGAUUCUUGAGAGAUGGACACAAGACAAUAAAAGAGGAUCCUAAUAGACUGUACUAUGAGCCUGCAGAGCUGAAGAUCUUUGAGAACAUUGAAUGUGAAUGGCCUCUGUUCUGGACCUACUUUGUCUUGGAUGGAAUCUUUAGAGGCUGUAAAGAACAGGUGGAUGAAUACAGUGAAGCUCUUGAAGAACUCAUUCAAAGGAACUCUCAUGGUACCAAGGUUAUACCAGAGCUUUUCUAUGUUCCUGCUGACAAGGUUGAGCUAGAGUAUAAGAACCCAAACAGUCAGGACCGUUUGCCCGGUGGUAAGAUGCCUCACCUGUGGGGUCAGUCUCUGUAUAUCUUAGGCUGUCUCCUCAGAGAAGGCUUCAUAGCACCGGGUGAGAUAGACCCUCUAAACAGACGACUCUCUACAGAACCUAAACCUGAUCUGGUCAUCCAAGUGGUAUUAUUAGCCGAAGAUGAAUAUAUUCAAGAGAAGUUGAAAGAACAUGGGAUACAGAUCAAGACGGUAGCAGAGGUUGCUCCUAUCAAAAUACGCCCAGCGAGGGCGAUGUGCAAUAUAACAAGACUUAUGGGUCACAAUGACAAGCUUGGCCUAUCUGGGAAUGUGAAGAAAGAAGUGGGCAUUCUCAGCACAAGUAAACUCUAUUCAAUCCAUGAAAAGAUCAUAGCAUUUCUACCACAGUUCAUGGAUCAUCAUCAGUUCUACCUCGCCCUUGACAAUGACCUUCUAGCUAGUAUCUGUAUGAAUGAUAUGUCAUAUCUUAGGUAUAAUUGGAGAGAGCUUGGUAGACCAACCAUGUGCAUUGAGGUCAGACACAGCAUGAUGGAAGAUGAUGACAUUCAGAGGGCAAUACUCAAUAUAUUUCACAAGUUUCAUUCAGGAUAUGUGAAUGGUGUCCAGGUUCAGAUGAGGAAUAUAUCUGACAUCAUCAACACUUCAUGUAUUGAGAAGCUUAGCUAUCUAGAAGGAUUCUCUAUGUCAGGUUCUGAACUAGCCCAGUUCCUGGAGCCAUCAAGCUACUCUUCUGUCCCCGAGCCAAGCUUACGAGGCAUCAAACAGCUUUCAACGGACUCCACCACGUACCACCACCAUCAACACCGCAACCAGCUACAACAUCUUCAUAACUUGCAACAAGAACAAUUCCAACUCUCCUCUGAUGAUGAAGAAGGUGGGAUCCAUCUUAUGACGUCUACACCGGUAGAGAUGCGUAGAUCACCGUCGGGUACAAUGCUUGAGAAGGGGACUGGAGAUCAUCGAAGAUCGUCCUUGAAUGUCCAUGGAAUCAUCCAAAGAACUAGAUCUAUCUAUAUUGAAGAAAGUUCAGCAAAUCCAGAUACACGGCCGCUCAUGCACCUAUUGAAUCGCAAAGCCUCCAUUAGUUUUAACAUGCCCUCCAUACGACAUGUGGAGUCCCCUAUGCAUAUCCACAUCAGGGAACAGCCAGUGGAGCAAGGGGAUCAUCAUCCUCACCAUCACCACCAUCAUCAUCACCAUCAUCAUCAAGCUACUCCUCCUCCUCAUCGUAAGCUUACACGUGAAGGCAGUUUGGAGUCUUACAAGACACCAUACACUCCGUCCUUGUUACAUCAAGAUGAUACCGACUCACAUGACACAGUAAUGGAACCGUCUGGUAAAGAGAUUCCACUCUCCUCGUCUCCUGGUAAAUUUCAUCUCCGUCCUGAUGCUGAUGGGUCGUUUGGUUCACCUAUGAAGAGGACGCCCUCUUGGUUUGAAUACAAAGAGUUGGAGGAGAUAUAUAAAGGCCAAGAAGCAGCUCAGUUAGUCCAACAGCUCCAGGAGUCAGACUCACUUCAUGAACAGGCCGACAUCGUUCACUACCUCUACGAGUCAAAGGGUCUUGAUUGGGAUACUAAAAUCAAUGGUAAACCAGGAGUUACUGUUAAAACAUUGAUGGAGGAACUUUAUUACAAGAGUGCCCAUCAUAAGACAUGGUCAGUGGUUCGUCACACAGCUGGUAUCCUCCGUAAGAGAGUAGAGCACCUUUCUAAGUCUGUAACUGAUCUGUUGGUAAGACAGAAGCAGGUGUCUGUAGGAUUACCCCCUGAACCCCGGGAAAAGAUCAUCUAUGCACCCUUACCACCGGAGGAAUUAGAAACAUUCAUCUAUGGAGCUUGUGGAGAGGAUCGUAGCUCAGCCGUUCUCACACAGGAAUUAUUAAUCUACCUCUCUAUGUUCAUCUGUACCGAGCCAAACCUCUUCACCGAGAUGCUGAGAUUGAGGGUGGGGCUUAUCAUUCAGGUCAUGACUUCUGAACUUGCUAGAGCUAUGGAAUGUGAAGUAAAUGAAGCCUAUGAGCAGCUUGUGACAUUAAGUCCUUUUGAAAUCAAAGAUCUCCUUCAUCACAUCCUGAGCAGUAGAGAAUUCAUGGUUAAUACAACAUCUCAUCGUUCAGGUACUAUGGAACGUCAGUUGUCCAUUGUGAGUUCAAGGUCAAUCAAGUUUCAUGGAAUGUCCUACCUCAAGGGUCAAAUAUCCACUAGUUCCUCAGACAAGCCAUUUUCAACUGUUAGUGGAGACUUAAUGGAGGAGCAGCUAACAGAGCGACAAGGUCAGUGGUUAAGAAGACGAAGAUUAGAUGGCGCCCUCAAUAGAGCACCUCCGGACUUCUACUUCAAAGUUUGGAAGAUCUUAGAGAAGUGUCAAGGUUUACGAAUCGUGAGUCACUUCUUAUCACAGCAUUUAACCCGUGAGAUGACCCCUCAUGAAUUCAAGUUUGCUCUCAGAGUCGAAGAGGUUCUUAACAGGAUACCUGAGCAGGAGUACCGUCAGCUGAUGGUGGAGUGUUUGAUGGUAAUCUCUCUGGUUGUUGAGAAUGAAUGGAUACAUAACUUAGGUGGAGUAAUAGCAACAGAUAGACUAGUAGCUGAGGCCAAUGAACUCUUCCUACAAGAUCAGGUAUGUUUGAUUUUAUCUUGUUCUAGUUAUUAA